AUGCUCGAAGGCCUAAUGAAGACCAUCGAGCUGGACAAUCAGGAGUGGGUCCUUCAUGAGGAGGACAAGAUGAUGGUCAGCAUCAUGGUGAAUGUGAUCAAGCCAGCCGGUCUACAAGAGGCAGUAAAGAAGGAGAUCGCAAUGCAUCGCAAGAAGAAGUUAAUAACGGACGUUUUCAAGUUCGUGCGGUGGCUUCGGGAAUGCGCAACUACGUACCAGAUGUUCGUCAAGCUGCGACCUGAAGACUGCAACCUCCCCAAGGGGAACAAAUCCAAUGCCGGUGCUGCAUGCGCCGGCGGCGGGUCCCCGAAAACGAGUCCGGCGCCGUCACGAAGAGCACCGUCGGCGGGAGCGACACCUCGAUGA